AACCACUGCGCUGAAAUCAAAUGAACAAGACUCGAGAGACUAGCUACCAGUCGUGAAAGGGAAAUCGGAGAGACCACACACACAAACACGACUCAUCUCAUCAUAGAUUCAUAGCGCUCUCUCUCUCUCUCUCUCUCUCUAAUCAAAUCCAAAAUGAGUGAAGAAGCGAUGAGAUUCAAUGCCGGAGCUCUGGUCCUCAAGCCCUCCGCCGAUGAUCGGAAGCUCUCGGCGGCGGUGGAGGCGAAGAAGGUCAUCAUCAAGAGCGCCGACAUGAAGGACGAUCUGCAGAAAGAAGCCAUCGACAUUGCCAUCUCAGCGUUUGAGAAACACAAUGUAGAGAAAGAUGUGGCUGAGCAAAUAAAGAAGGAGUUCGACAGGAAGCAUGGCCCUACCUGGCAUUGUAUUGUCGGCAAAAAUUUCGGUUCUUAUGUGACUCAUGAGACAAAUCACUUUGUGUACUUCUAUUUGGACUCAAAAGCUGUAUUGCUGUUCAAAUCUGGCUGAGCAUGGUGAUUGUGGAAAUGCUGACCGCAACAUCGAUGGUGAUAGUGUUGUUGCCAAUCUAGCAUGUGUGUAUGUAGUAAUUGAUGACUCCUGUCAUUUAAAAAUGUCUAGCAAGACAUUCUUGUGCUCAACUUGUAUAUUUGUUUUGACAUAAAUUUGGUUUGAAUUUUUAAUGGACUUGGAUUCUGGUGGUUCAGUUUGUUGUGUUUUCUAGGGUUUUGCCAGUUUAUCAUUGAAAUCCAGAAAUAUAGUGGUGCAAAAUUGAUUGUAUUAA